GUAACCCCACCGCUCUGCUCUAGACAUGUCCUCAAUCCUUAUCAACCAGUCACAGAUUAUGUAAAUCUCGAUAAGUAAAUAAAUCAAUCCCACCAAUUGAAGCAAUUAUUCCCGACUCCAAUGGGAUUCACAAUUCGAGUCUCGACUGUGUCAUGAGGGCCUGGGUGCAUAUCUGUAGUGAUGUGUAGCAGAUAGCAAAUAAAGGUCCAACUGUGAAGAGUAUUUCACGUUUUGAUAUGAUAAGUUGUUUAGCAAGUUGGAACGAAUUUUUAUGGGGAUUUCGUGGGAUUCGACCGAAAAGGACUACAGUCGGGGUACAAUGGGCUUGAGGAAUUUUGGAGGUGUCAGGUGGUGGUUCAGAUUCACUUUAAUUGCUCUGGCUGUUGUUUUUCUUUGGAUAUUUGUGAGGAAUGACAGGAUUGAUGAGGUGGGAGAUUUUAAGAAGCUAUCGGUGAUGCCCGUACCAAGGAUCAAGCAUGAAAAAGUGAAAAUAACUGUUUAUUACGAGGCCCUUUGCCCAGACUCAAGGAGCUUUGUGGUGAGGCAGGUGGUGCCGACAUAUCAGAAGAUACCUGAUAAUGUUGUUGUGCAAAUGGUUCCAUAUGGCAAAGCAACGACAAUUCCGGGACCAAAUGGUUAUACCUUCAACUGCCAGCACGGCCCGAGGGAGUGCGAAGCGAACACAAUACACGCCUGUGCCAUUGAUGUGAUAAAAGAUCCCGAUGUUCAAUUAAAAUUCCUAGCCUGUAUGAUUGAGCGCAAUAUCUGGCCCCAAAAUAUAACGCGCACAUGUGCAGACAGAUUCCACGUUGAUGCUGAGCCAAUAUUUAAAUGCUACAAGAGCCCCCGAGGGGCCGAACUAUUAGCCAAAUACGGGGAAAUGACGCACGCCCUGCCACCACCUCUCAAGUUUAUUCCUACAAUCACUCUUGAUAAUGAUAUUGGCAAUCAAAUAGAAAUACUGAAAGAUUUACUCCGCGCAGUUUGCAAGCGAUUUAAACAUGUACCUGAUGGUUGUCACUGACCGCACCGAAUGCCAAAAAAAACCUGCAAAACUGAAUUAUCAAUGAUGAGAGAUAAGACGAUGAAACCAAUCAAUUCCACAAAAUAUCAAAUAUUUACAAUUUAUCACGAAUGAACUGAAUACAUAAAAGAGAAUGUCUUGCUAGGUAUUCUGUAAAUACAAUUGUUGUAAAAGCUGAUUAAAUGAUUAAUUAAAUGGAA